AUGGCACAAGGUCAAGGCAGUGGCGGUAUGAGUUUAGGAAUGAAAUUUAUUCGCUUAAUCAUCUUCUUGUUUAAUAUCAUCUUUUUUCUAAUUGGUAUCGUACUAUUGAUAAUCGGUAUUUACGUGAUGGCGGAUCCAAAAUUACAAAAAUUAAGACCAGUUUUGAAUAUUGAUUAUGCUAAUGUUCAACAAGGUUUAUCUUAUGUCGAAAUAUUCGCCAUUAUUCUCAUCGUUAUUGGGGGUACUUUGAUUUUAAUUGGUUUUCUUGGUUGUUGUGGUGCCAUUAAAUCGUUUAAAUUUAUGCAUAUUCUCUAUGCAUUUAUUAUCGGUAUCGUUAUUUUGGCGGAAAUUGGUAUUACCAUUUAUUUUGUUUCGUUUCAAUCAAAGUUUAAACAGAAGUUAGUGCCGAAACUACAAAUGUCUAUUACGAACGCCUAUGCGGGACCUCCCAUCACUCAAGGAGCAAAUCCCGGUCCAGUCUCAUUAUCAUGGGAUUUUAUACAAUACAAUAUGCGAUGUUGUGGUGCAGUGAGUAAAUUUGAUUUCAACAGCACAACAGUUUGGACUCGCGUCAAUCCAUUCAAUUCAUCAGCACCUCAACUCGCUUAUCCUUUAACAUGUUGUCCGAUCAUGGCUAAAAAUAAUUGGAAUAAAUUGCCACUACAAGAACUAAGUCAAGCUCAAACAUGUGCCACCUAUGAUGAGGAUAAAGUGUACACACAAGGCUGUUAUGACAGUUUGAUGACACUAGUUUCGUCUUACAAAAAACAUACGAUUAUUGGAGCCGUUGUCAUUUUAGUUGUGGAAUUAUUGGCAUUUAUAUUUGCCAUAAUAUUAUAUCGAAGAAAAUCCGACUAUCACGCAUUAUAG